AUGUCCUGCUCCAGCCUGUGCGCCCCUUCCUGCGGGGUGGCCGCCCCGGCCCCGCUGGCUGACACCUGCAACGAGCCCUGCGUGCGGCAGUGCCCCGACUCCACGGUGGUGAUCCAGCCCCCGCCCUCGGUGAUCACCUUCCCCGGGCCCAUCCUCAGCUCCUUCCCGCAGUACAGCGUUGUUGGCUCGGCGGGAGCCCCCGGAGUUGGAGGGGGCUUUGGUGGCACUUUUGGAGGCCGCGGCGGUUUUGGAGGCCUUGGGGGCUAUGGAGGCUCUUGGGGCUCUUGGGGCUAUGGAGGCCUUGGGGGCUAUGGAGGCUACGGGGGCUACGGAGGCUAUGGGGGCUACGGAGGCUACGGGGGUUGCGGAUAUGGCGGCUGGGGCCGCGGCCACAGGUACCUCAACGGCAACUGUGGGCCCUGCUAAGCCCCACACUGGGUCCGGCCACAGAUGAAGGAGAGCUCCAGAAAAGCCCCCGGCACGUGCCGACACGACGCUCUGUGGAAGGACAUGCCUUCGGCAUUGCUGCUCUCCGGAGCUUGGGUGCCUCGUGCCUGCUUGGGGCCCAACUCUGCCUUCUCCUGCCCUACUUGAGCAUCCCUUCAAGACUUGUUGCCCCCUGAUGACAGAGACCCGCACUAAGCGCCUGCUCCUGCGGCACGGCUGAUGCUCACUCUCGCUCUGCCGGCUGCCAGGAGAUGUGGGGCUGCCCUUGGCCGGGGCCCUGCUCUUCUCCCAACUGCCUCC